CCCUCCGCACUCGAAUUUUUAAAAUAAAAAAAAAUAUAAAAAUGAAUAAAAAUACACCAAGAUCACUGAAAAAACUCAAAAGAUAUAGUAAUUAUCAUUUUUGUAUCGUUAAAGAAUGUAAAAAUACAUCAGUCAAUAGUCCACAUAAGUUAUGGAUCCAAUUACCCAGAGAAAGGAAAAAACGUGAAACCUGGCUAAAACUUGUUGGCAGGGAUCAGGAAUAUUUGUCUCCUAAAACCCUUUACUAUUUUUGUGACGAUCACUUCGACAUGGAAAAUGACAUGGCAAAUUACUUGGAAUACAAAUUAAUGGGAUCAAUAAAACAGAUUCGUAUGAAACCAAAAGCUGUCCCAUCCAGGUCUAAAUUUCGGCGGCCAGAUCACCCACACAAGAAUAUAGAACGGAAUGAAAUAUUAGAGAAUACAAAUUAUUGCAUUGCAGCAUCAUUAUAUAUUCGUCCACGUGCCAAAUUGAUGACAGAUACAGAAGAUUAUAAAACCAACACAAAACAUAUUCCAAAAAAAUGUAAUACUUUUUCCUGCAUUUGCGGCGAGACAUUCUCUUGUGUUACUAGUAUGGAUAAGCAUAGAAAAUUGUAUAAACACUACAUGGUAUACUCCGGUAUGAAGGACGUUACAAAAGCUACACCUGCAGUGAAAUUAAAAAAAAAUAGGAAAAAAAUUGACAGAGGAAAAGCAAUACAUCCAAGCAAGAACAUAAUAUAUCCCUGUGAUAUAAGGGAAAAAACUCAAGAUGAUUCUAGAAGAGAAAACGAAUAUCUGACAGAAGCAGUACCAGUUAGAAAUAGUAAAGAAAAAAAUGAAAUAGCUGCUUGUGAAUUUAUUUUAUCGGAUGUAUUCAUUAAACAGGAAAUAAUAGACGAAAUUAGUAAUAAUAAAGCAGAAGAUGAUGAAAUAGCAGCUAGUCAAAAAGAUAAAGAUAAAAUAGCUGCUAGUGAAUUAAUUAUACCAAAUGUAUUUAUUAAACAGGAAAUAAUAGAAGAAAUUAGUAAUAAGAAAGCAGAAGAUGAUGAAAUAGCAGCUAGUCAAAAAGAUAAAGAUAAAAAAGUUGCUAGUGAAUCAAUUAUACCGGAUUUAUUCAUUAAACAGGAAGUAAUAGAAGAAAUUAGUAAUAAGGAAGCAGAAGAUGAUGACAUUGCAGGUAGUCAGCUGACUAUACCGCCUGUAUUUAUCGAACAAGAAAAAGAGGAAAGUAGUAUAAAGGAAGAAAAAGAUGAUGAAAAAGUUGCUAGUGAAUUGGCUAUACCAUCUGUAUACAUCAAUCAAGAAAUUAUAGAAGAAUGUCUAAUAAAGAAGGAAAAAGAUGAUGAAAUACUUACCAGUGAAUUGAUUAUACCGCCUGAAGUAAUUAAACAAGAAAGUAAAGAUAAAUACACGCAACCAAAACGCAAAAAAAUCUAUAAAAAAUAUGAUGAAGAUGUUAUAGAAGAAGCCCUUAAAGAAUAUAAGGAAAAUAAAAAUUCAUUUAAAGUUAUUGCAGAUAAACACAAUAUACCCAAAACAGUGUUACAUAGGCACUACACAAGAUAUACGAAAAAGCAAGGUGGUCAAACUGCGCUUAGCCAAGAAACAGAAAAAUAUAUCACUAAAUACUUGAAUAUAUGCUCUGAAUGGGGAUAUCCACUUGACGCUUAUGAUGUACGUCUUCUAGUAAAAGAUUAUUUAGACAGAAUAGGAAUUACAGUAAAAAAAUUCAGAGACAAUAUGCCCGGGCCAAAUUAUCUUACAGGUUUUUUAUCGAGGAAUCAACAAGAUAUAUCUCUACGAUUGAGUGAAAAUUUUAAUCGUGUACGAGCAGCCGUAUCCCCUGAAAUAAUAAACCAAUAUUUCGAUGAAUUAGGAUUAUCAUUAGAUGGCGUACCAUUGUGCAACUUAGUUAACUAUGACGAAACUAAUUUGAGUGAAGACCCCGGAAGAAGAAAAAUUAUCUGCAAAAGAGGCGCGAAAUAUCCAGAGAGAAUGAUGAACCACGGUAAGGGAUAUAUUUCACUGAUGUUAGCAGCAGCUGCCGACGGGACGCUACUGCCACCUUACGUGGUGUAUAAAUCGCAGCAUCUAUAUGAUACAUGGACUACAGGUGGCCCUGAAGGCUGUAGAUACAACAGGACCGUCUCGGGUUGGUUUGAUAGACACACUUUUGAGGAAUGGGUGCGAACAGUCAUAUACAGCUACUUUAAAGACAAAACAGGAAAAAAACUUUUAAUUGGUGAUCAUUUGUCAUCUCAUUUAUCCAUUGACCUUAUUCGGGAGUGUAAGGAAAGAGACAUACAUUUUGCGUUUCUCCCAUCUUAUUCCUCACAUCUGACACAGCCCUUAGAUGUGGCCUUUUUCAGGCCAAUGCAAAUAGCCUGGAGAGAUAUCCUAUUCCAUUGGAAAAAAACAGAUGGGCGAGUACAGGCUACCCUUCCGAAAGCUUUAUUUCCACAACUUUUAAAAAAAAUACUCCAACGGCUUGAUGUCAAUGCAAAACAAAAUAUUCUAUCUGGUUUUUCAAAAGCUGGUAUAAGUCCAUUGAACCGAAGAAUUGUCUUAGAUGGGCUACCAAAUAACUAUGAAAGAGAAGAUUCCAUAUUCAGUAUAGAAAAUGUGGAUGAGACAGUAUCUAUAUAAAUAAAAAUAAUAAUAAUA